AGGACAGUAAGAGGAAAGUCCUCUAGGAGGAAAUUCACGCACUACUGUUACUCGAGACAAGCACAUUUCUUUGGGGAAUACCGAUCGCAGAGCCUCUAGUUUUGUAUAUUCUUCCGAUUGGGCGAAUAUGGCGACGCUGGGACCAGAGCCCCGUCCUCACUCCCAGCUGCCUCCUGCCGCAUUACAGGCGAACCUCAGCGGACUGGGCUCAAACACGAACCUGCCUAUAAACCGGGGCUUGGAGAGAGCUCUGGAGGAUGCGGCGAACUCUGGAUUUCUAAACCUCAGCACAAGAAAACUGAAAGAAUUCCCUCGGACAGCGUCUAAUUAUGACCUGACGGAUACGGUUGAAGCAGACCUGUCGAAGAAUCGAUUGAUUGACAUCCCAUCAGAGGUGUGUCACCUGGUCUCCCUGGAAACGCUGAACCUUUAUCACAACUGCAUCAAAAUCAUCCCAGAUACCAUCAUCAACCUACAGUCACUUACCUUCUUAAACAUCAGCCGGAACCAGUUGUCAGUACUGCCAGCAUGUGUGUGUGGUCUUCCCUUGCGAGUGCUCAAUGCCAGCAAUAACAAACUCAACGCACUUCCAGAAAGCAUUGGCCUGCUCACCAAUCUCAUGGAACUGGAUGUAAGCUAUAAUGAAAUCACAGCUCUUCCACGUCACAUUGGCCGACUCAAAGCCUUGAGGGAACUCAAUGUGCACCGAAACCUUCUCUGUGUCCUACCAGAGGAUUUGGCAGAUCUACCUCUGGUCAAGUUUGACUUCUCCUGUAAUAAAGUUUCCACUAUUCCUGUCUGCUAUCGAAAAAUGACCCACCUCCAAUCACUACAGCUAGAGAACAAUCCACUUCAGAGUCCACCUGCACAGAUCUGCAUGAAGGGUAAGAUCCAUAUAUUUAAAUACCUCACCAUGGAGGCGUGUCGUAGUGACAAGAUGGCUGAUGCCCUGUAUCUGCCCAUCACGGACCGGCUCAGCUUGACACGACCCACCAAUGGGAGCACUGAGGACAUUGAUCAGCACAAGAAACUUGACAGCGACUCUGGGGUGGGCAGUGACAACGGUGACAAACGCCUCUCCGCUACAGAGCCAUCAGAUGAAGAGAGUCUUAGCCUGAAUGUGCCCAUGACCAACAUCACAGAGGAGGAGAGCCUGAGCAAAGACGACUCCACUGAACACAUCAGCGCCCUGACAGCAGAUAAAAGUCCGUCUGAAUCUCUAAAGGAACAGCUGGGCUACAGAGGCUCCUCUCUCAGCUCACCAUUUGUCAACUAUAUAAAGGGUCGAGGUGCUGACAUUGAUGAGCCCCUCAGGAUAGAAGAAGACAGCAACUGGACAUCAGAACAAACGUCAAAGGUCAAUAUGAUCAAUCAGCUAAAGGAGGCUGUGGAGAUGCUACAGGAUCCUAACAGGGUUAACCUGAACUCCGCUGAUCUCUCUGGCAUUAAACUUUACCCUGUGGAAAUGGUCACUGUAGACGAAUCGCUCAAUGGCCAGGACAGUGAUGAGGGUCAGAUGACACCUAAGGGGGACGUGAUUGGCCAGGAAGGAUCAGGUGAUAGUUGUGAGAACCAAGAUACCCAGAAUGAAGACAAAACACCAGUUUCGAGUCCCACGUUAAGCUCGCCUCCCUUUGGUCUGAAGCCAAGAUCAGCUUCACCCUCUGUGCCCUGCUCGACUCCGCCUUGUCCCCUCCCCCUUACACAGGCCCUGCCCACCGAUAGAGACAUGCCCCCUAGCCCAGCUGAAGGAGACGUGUCAAGCAGUGUGUUUUUCAGGACGCACAAGCCUCUGGAAUCAGUGGAUCCUCAGUUUACCAUAAGGAGAAAGAUGGAGCAGCUGAGAGAGGAGCUGGAACUCACAGAGCAAUUACGAGAGAGUAUUGAGAGCAGAUUGAAAGUAGUUCUUCCUGAAGAUCUGGGCUCCUCUCUCAUGGACGGGGUUGUGCUAUGUCACCUAGUGAAUCACAUUCGGCCUCGUUCAGUGGCCAGUAUCCAUGUACCUUCCCCGGCAGUGCCCAAGCUUAGCAUGGCUAAAUGCCGCAGAAACGUUGAAAACUUUUUGGAUGCCUGCAGGAAAAUGGGAGUCCCUCAGUCCUCUAUUUGUUCGGCUUAUGACAUUCUGCAGUGUAACUUACGGCCAGUCUGGGCCGUGAUCGGGGCCUUGCUCGUGCUGGAGAGCAAAGGAACAAAGCAGAAGGAAGGAAAGGUGGAAAGUGACAGGGAGAAAGAGACUGAGGGCAAGAAGCUUGUCCCAGAGUCCACUCAGACUCCACCCCCUUCCUGGCAAAUAUGGGAUCUGAUUGGCUCAAGUUUGCUACAUGUUUUCUGUCUGGUGGUGCUGUUUGUGGCCUACAGCUGGAGUGAAUUGAAAUAACAUAUAUGCACAAACAUUCCAAUAAUGUAUGUCACUCAUUGAUUCUGGAAAGCACAUUUAACCGUUUGGGUUGGUUAAGGUGUGGUAACACUAGACUUUGGUGCCCACGAUAAUUAUCGGCAACUGUAUAUGAUGUCACGCUGUAGAGCUUCUGUUUUUAUUGAACAAUAAAUAACCAAUAGUACUACUCCACUUUCCUAUGACACUUAAAACCAUGCAGUUUUUGUUUUAAGCCAAUAGUUCAAUCUGUGUUUUUAACGUUUAAAUCCUCUAUUGGUGGAAAAGAUGAAACUUCUUCACAUGUGCUUGUGUUUGCUCUUCAUGCGUGUAUAUCUCGAGUAUGCACGGAAGUGACAAAGUCUAGUAUGGCCACACCUUUAUACUUGAGAUAGUUUGUUAUAAAAUGGACACUGCAAAUUUGCGAUUUGUAGUUUCGUUAUUUCAUAAGUUUCACUAACACUUGCUUUUUGAUUAGGCUAUGGUAAAAUCAUACAUAACAUACUGUACAGGCCGAUUUAAACUUCUGCGUCAAACCUACGGCGUAGCCUGACGUGCACCUCUCCAAAAAUGUAACCAUGCGUCGUGUUGACGCAGACGUCAACAGCUGUGAUUGGUCCUCUUUGUAACCAGAGAUGUCCCCCAGGACGACAAAGAUAUCUGAGGUAGGGUCGCAUUUUCUCCAAGAUUAUUUUAAGAUCUAUGCAUCAUGUCACAUUGUAGUUGGACUCGGAAGCAUUGUUUUCCCAGGACUUUUACUCCGUAUAUAUUUGGUAUGUGAGCGACACUAUUUUAAACUUUAAAACAACACCCAUUAUGUGUUGGUCAAGCGAGUAGACUAGCUAUAAUUUAUUUGUGCCAAACUAUUUAUUUAUUAUUGUUCUAGAGCAAGCAUACAGUUUAUGCCGGAUGUUUUUUUUUUUCUCUCUGCAUGCUAGACACGUUUAAUAAAUAAUAUAAAACGGAUAGUUCCAGUCCUGGAUGCUGAUUGGUCAACAGCUGUGCUUUAUUCAUGAUAAAGCACAGCUCUGACCUCAUCAUGGAACCUUUAUUUAUAUCACUCCACAGCACCCAUAACUGACAGUUAUUCUUGUUGCCUAGCAACGUUCUGUUUAUUGUUUACUGCCAGCAACAAGAAAAGAGAAAAGCAUUAUUUAAUGGCGAUUACACACCUCAAAACAUUAGUUUAAGUGAACAGAACUGCUUAUAACGUCUCAUAACACACUCAUUUUGAUGCUGUGAACUAUUUAUUAUUAUUUAUUUACUAUUACCUUUACUAAGAAUUGAAUGAAUACCUAAAUUAAUUAAUGUUAAGUUAUUAGCUUUAAUUUACCUUGGAGCAAAUGUAGAGUGUCAUCGCUGAUGCUAUGUAUAUAUAUAUAUAUAUAUUCAUAUGGGACAAACAGAGGUGUAGUGGUAAAAAAAGAGGUGGGUAAACUAUAAAUUCUGGUGGACCACGACGUGGUCACCCGGUAAGGUGGGCCACUGCCUACCGGUGUAUGUGUAUCCUGAUGACAUCGCUAUAGGCUAUCAUUUGAUGGUACUACCAAGGGUAUCACUGGUUGUUCCCUCAUCAUAGGUCACACAAUCACUAUUCAAUUCAUACAUUAAUCUAAGUUCUUGUUAAAGAGACCCAAGAAGGAAUAAUAUGGUUGAAAUCUAUAAAGUUUACUAAAUGACAAAACAGAGAGAACAAAAAUAUAUUUAAGAGAGAUAGAGAGGGAGGCUUAUAUCCAGGGCUUCCAAUGCAAUGCACUUGUACAUAAUGAUUAGGGAUUUGGGAUUAUUUUCAUAGUCGAUUAAUCUGUUGAAUAUUUUCUCGAUUAAUAAAUUAGUUGUUUGGUCUAUAAUAUGUCAGAACAAUGUGGAUCAGUGUUUCCCAAAAGCCCAGGAGGAUGACGUCCUCAAAUGUCUCGUUUUGUCCACAACUCAAAGAUAUUCAGUUUACUGUCACAGAGGAGAGAAGACACUAGAACAUAUUCACAUUUAACAAGCUGGAAAUGUGAUAACAAAUAUCAACGCUGACCGCCACACAUUGAUUUUCGAUUUAUUUUUUAUUUUUUACUAAGCCUAUUUAAAAUCGUAUUUGAUUGCAGAGAGCCGUAGCGCAUUCGCGCAGCACUAGGCUACCUCUCGCUCGUCCCUCUCUCUCUCUCUCUCUCUCACCCGUACCUCUCGCACUCUCUCUCCGUCAUGGAACACCGCUGCAUAAAUCUGUCCAACACAGCACUGUCAGUUAUUACUUAUUAGCCAGCAUGCAAGGAGCCUAGCUAAUAAGGAGAGCUAAGUUAUUGUUAGAAUACAGCUGGAUUUUUGAGGUCAGCACGCUGUAUAUACACUCACCUAAAGGAUUAU